UACUGAGAGUUUUGGUUGUUUAAUUUCUAUAUAUUUAUUAUACAAAUAUGCUUUUGUAUUCAAAUUGCGAUGUACAUCACACACGAGCUCAAAAUUGCAACCUAAUGUAAAAUUUACCAAACUGAAACGCAAUUAAGAUUAUUUCUGCAUACUGAUGAUCACUUGUCCCGUUUUCAUAAAUAAUCUGUAAUUUCUCACAGCAGUGAAGGCAUCAGCCACAUAAAUCAUUGAAUAAAGGAGAGCUGGUUCUUUAUCUGUCAGAGAUUAGAACGGAAAACGGGCCGAAGUUCAGGAAACAUGAAGAGGCUUUAAAGCAAAGAGGGAAAGAAAAACACGUUUACUGCUAAACAGACUCCGGCUUUUUCCUUCAUGUAAAAUAUGAAUAAAACUGGACAAUACGUCUCUUGGAAGACCUCAGCUGGAACUAUGGUAGAUAUCUAACUUUUAACACAAUUUUAAUUAGCAAAGGCAAACAGCACAAGCAACCAGAUUUAUUAUAAUGUCCUCUAAAGAAACUGGAAGAGAAAGCUUUGUUUUGAAAAUUAGACUUAUCUGAACAGACUUUUCAAUUUCAGCAGUUUUGCUUAAAGUUUGGGGGUGUAAUGCAAUUACCAAAUAAAAUGAGAAAAUAUAUAAUAUUUCACUCAGAAUUUUAUGAAAAAAUAUGAAUACAUUGUUUUAGCCGAUUCCAUCCAUCAUCUUCCUCUUAGUCAAGGGUCGCAGGUCACAGGGUCAGCAGCCAGGGAGACCCAGGUUCCCCCAGCCUCCUGGUCCGGCUGCUCCAUGAAUCCCAGCAGGGGAACAUCGUCCUGGUCUUCCUCUGGGUUUCCUCCCGGGGGGCCUGAACGCCUCGCCUGGCUCCUCUCAGUGAGGAGGAGCAGCAGCUCUACUCUGAGCCUGGAUGACCAAGCAGAACCACAUACCGGACGUACCGGAUCCCAACGGCACCAAAAUGAUCCUACAAGGUCUUCCCACAAAAACUUCUAAACGAUUCCAACAGCAGCAGUGAUGGACGCCUCAGCCCAGAGCGGAGAAGCGGGCGGUGACACAACGGCAAGGAAACCAGCGCCGAAAAGAAAGGUGGGCGAAAAAGCAAGAAAAACCAAAAAUGCCAGAAUGUCCCGACCCGCAUUCACCAUCCAGCAGGGCGAAGACAUGCUUCUCUACAUAUCCAACACUUCGUCUCAGUCUGAAGGCUUGCUUUGGACUAGCAGGAGGAAAAAAGUUCCCAAAGCAAAGUUGCUUAAGUAUCAGAAAAAGAAGAAAAAAACAGUCUGUCCUAAAUCUAGACUGGAAAGGAAAGCAGUGAAGGAGGAAGAAGAAGACAAGUUUCCUGAGGAGGACAGGUGGGGACAACUUUUACCUGAGGAAGUGCUGAUUAACAUCUUCCAGAUGUUGGUUGUUCAGGACGGCGCGGUGCCUUUCCUAUGCAGGGUCAGCAGAGUCUGUCGCCUGUGGAACGCCGCUGCCGCCACUUUGACUCUGUGGAGGAAGGUGGCGGUAAGUCACUGCUGGAUCCAACCAGCAAGAGGUCAGACCGAGAAGACCUCAAACAGGAUAAAGGAGACAUUUACCUGGCUGGCUCAAAACAGAUUCUCCCAGCUGCGUGACUUCACUCUGUGUCACUGGGCAACCAGCGCUGACUUCGCUUUAGAGACUGUCUCAGAGUUUUGUCCUCACCUGCGUUCAGUCCACCUGUCUUACUGCAGAGGUGUGACAGGCAGCGGCCUGCGCAGCUUGGGCCUGCACAGCCGCAACCUGCAGCGCCUCAACCUGCAGCAUUCAGAGUUUCAGGUGGAGGGACUGGUGGACUUCCUGGAGGAACACGGAAAGCAGAUCAGGCAGAUGCUCUUCACCCGCAGCCACAGGAAUGACAAAGUUCUGGCAGCAAUUGCUAAAGGAUUUUGUCCUGAUCUGGAGCUGCUGGAAGUUAACAAGAAGCUGGACAGUAAAGACACAGAACUGUCUGUUUGCUUUCAGUCGCUACAGAAGGCCUGUCCCAAACUGAAGAUUUUCCGGAUGUUUAACAUCCAAAUUCAGCAUAAGGCGAUGCGUAAGAGAGACGAGUCAGAAGCCGGAUUUCCGCUGCUGGAUGAGUUUUGUAUCGCCAACACAGAGUAUUCCUAUAUGACCGACCAGGUUCUGCUGGACGUUCUGUUCGGCUCCAACAGACUGCGAGUGCUGGACCUACGAGGCUCCACACGGAUCACCACCUUUGGUCUGGCCCAGUUACCGUGUCCAAACCUUGAGUGUCUGUUCUGGGGUCAAUAUUUUACUAAAAACAUCGGAUUCACAUCAGUGAAGAAGAACCUUCAGCUGCUGAUGGAGAAGUGGGGUCCGACGCUGCAGCAGCUCGACAUCACCAAUCAGCCAUUUACCGAGGCCGACCUGGAGGUGGCGCUGAUGUUCCUUGCUCAGGUUGCUGAAGCUGACACGCUGCUCUCGCUAAACCUCAGCGGCACCAAGAUAACAGUGCAGGCUCUCAGGCCGGUCAUCGAGCGAAUGACGGCUCUGGGCUACCUCAACCUUUCAUCGUGUCGCAACCUUCCAAGAGGAGUGAAAAAGAUUUACCGCAGCCAGGAAGAAAUCCGUGAGCUGUUGGCCAAUCUGCACUGAGUUUCUUAUUCAGCUGAACAUUUGGUGCUUCCAGCCUUUGAUAAUGUUUGAGAACUGUAAGAGUUUUCUUUCUGAUUCUUAAAAAAAUAAAGCUGUUCCAGAAGG